AUGGCUGGUAAAAACCGAAAAGUACCGGAUCACAUUGUGAAGAUAUUCGACAAAUAUGUGGCGAACAAUGUCAGAGUGCUCAGCAAACAACACGCCAUCGACAUGCUCAAGGCUGAGUUCGGCUUGGAUGACAGUGAGGCGGAGGUGAUGUUUAACUCAUUUGACAAAGACAAGAACGGAAAACUGAGCAUAUGGGAGUUUCAACAGUUCUGCAUCUGUAUGGGGGAACAUGCUCAAGAAAUUGUCACCAAAUUCAAAGAACUGGACAAAGAUGGGAGUGGCCAGUUAGACCCGGAAGAAGCCAGAGCUGGCCUACAUGAACUGAAGACCGCUACUGGCCGCCUACUGACCGACAAGGAAGUGGAUUUCUUCAUUCAGACAGCGGGAGGCGAUGGAGUUAUAGACCUUGGCCACUUCACAAACUUACUUUACAGACUGAAACUGUACAAUGCGGAGCCACCAAAGUAG